CCAGCCUCUUCGUGUCUCUACCCUGCUUACUCUGUCUCUCCUGUCUAACUCGCUUAUUUUCUCAUUCACACAAGAAGACAGACAUGGACAAAAAUGUACAGGGUGGAAAAGCGUUUGGGAUUCUUAAAUCCAAACAAGAAGAAAAACUGGAGUCAAUAAAUCAGACAUUUCUUGAUGAUCCCAAAUAUGCAGAUGAAGAGGACCUCAGCUCCAAACUGGAUUCCUUUAAGAAGAAAUAUGUGGAGUUUGAUCUCAAUGACCAAGGAGAGAUAGACAUGAUGGGACUUAAGCGCAUGCUGGAGAAGCUGGGCGUGGCCAAGACUCACCUGGAGCUCAAGAAGAUGAUAGCAGAGGUCGUGGGAGGGACUUCGCGAGACACCAUCAGCUAUACUGACUUUGUGAGCAUGAUGCUGGGCAAGAGAAAUGCCAUAUUGAGACUGAUAUUGAUGUUUGAGGACAUGGGGAAAGACCAAGAACCCAAGGAGAAUGGUCCACCACCCCGCAAAACUUUCUCUGACCUUCCCUGAAGUCAUGCUUUUUUGCAUUUGGAUAUGACAGAUCGAGACAAAUACUAAUAUACUGAACAUCAAUGUUAUAGGGAAAAAAAAUAAUGCUACAUGCAAUUAUAAUACAAUGAGUACGCAGUAACGUUGUAUCCACCUAUUAUUCAUUUAGUUUGAUUUAGCUUGGUUAU